AUGUCAGGCGUCUCAUCAGGAUCGCCGACGCUCCCGCCCAAUGCAGAGCGGAUGCCACAGACGCCGCAGCUGCAUGCUCUCCUCACGAUCAUUCGUGACAAGAACACACAGCGCUCCGACUUUAUCUUCUACUCGGACCGAAUUAUUCGGCUCUUAGUCGAAGAGGGUCUGAAUCAUUUGCCUGUGUUCGAGCACACGGUCAACACGCCGACGGGCGUACCAUACCGUGGCGUUGCAUUUCAGGGCCGGAUAUGUGGUGUGUCAAUACUCAGGGCCGGUGAAGCUAUGGAGGCGGGUCUCCGAGAGUGCUGUCGCAGUGUGCGCAUAGGCAAGAUUCUGAUCCAGCGCGACGAAGAUACCGCCAAGCCGAAGCUAUUUUACGCCAAGUUGCCAGAAGAUAUUGCGGAUCGCUGGGUCCUUCUUCUUGAUCCGAUGCUGGCAACGGGCGGAUCGGCCAUCCAGGCGAUGCAGGUGUUGGUGGAUCACGGCGUCCAGCCCAGCAAGAUUUUGUUCCUCAACAUGAUUGCGAGCCCUGAGGGUCUUCACAAUGUGUGGAAGGCAUUCCCAGACGUGCGUGUAAUUUCGGCCUGGGUUGAUACCAAGCUAUCUGACCGCAAUUAUAUUCUUCCAGGUCUGGGUGAUUACGGUGAUCGGUACUAUAGCGGCUAG